AGGUGCUUUAUAUAUUAGAAAAAAUCAUUAAGGCAUGGAUGAGCCACUGAUGUUUGAUAAUGAAACAUUGGACGUCGAUGAAUUUUUAUACGAUGUAUCUCUGCAUCUCAGAAGAAGGGACAUACGCACGUUACUUGUGUAUUUGGGUAUGCCCGAUAAAGAUAUCGAAGAAUUACUUGCGGAAAACACCAGAAAAACGAGAGGAAAAGAGCGCGGAAUGUUGACAUCCAACGGUCUCGUUGUUGAUGGAAGUUCUGUAAUAAAUUUUCUUGAACAACGAAAGCGAACGAUUAAAGCUUGGUGGUUUUAUGCAGCAAAUACAAACUUGAGAGCAACGCCAGCACAACAGAAUGUUAAAAUUGUGGAAUCAAGGACGACAUCAUUGCCAGAAAUUAAAGAAGAAAAAGAAGGAUAUUUAGUGUCACAAUUGAAGAAAGAUGAGCAUGGAAAUGUGGUGAAUUUCAUGAAGUCAAAUACAAAUACAGUAAAACGCCCGGAAAUAUCAAUUUCCGUUGACGAAUCAGAAAAUCCACAGGUUUCAGUGACUGCCACUCCUCCGCCAAUCACAACACAGUCUUUGUUCCCGCCUGUAAUCGAUUCCGAAAUUCCGGGAACCCCACCAAUGAGGAGAGAGGAACAACAUCAACAUCGCGUAAUUGAGGUUCCCGCGCAUCUUCCUGAUCUAAAUGAGGUUAACGAUUCGGCGUCGCAAACACAAAAUAAAAAUGCAAAUUCCAAUCAAUCCAACAGAAGAUUGAAGUGGGGUAAAGAUCAUGAACUGCAGCAUGAUGCGAGUAAUGUAACAGUUAGUGAGACCGGAGUAACAUUAGAGGAACUUUUACGUAAACUAUGGAGGUGUUUACAAUCAUGUGGAUUAUCAAGAGUUGUCGAUGAAUUGCAACAGAGGUGGAUGAUUAGAGUUGACACUAAACAUAGAAAAGCGGACAUGUUUCCAAAAAUGACGUGGGGGACACCACCGCCCCCUCAGACACCAUUUACGUAUCCACCCUACAAAAGAAUCGGACAUAUGGCAGUAAUGGGGGCACCGAUGGCGAUUGAAACAAGACCGCUAGAAAAUUUCCGAGUUGAAAAACUUGCGAUGACUUCAUCAAUGGACACGCCUCGAGGGAACGGAGACACUUCAAGCGCGGGGAAAACGUCUCGUCCAUCUGCUCGUUCAGUGGUUUCGUCUUUGGACAACGUGAGUGUGGCAACGUCGUUUCCUGCCCGUGACGCAUGGAAGAUGAGAACAGAUACAGUGAGAAGACGUGGAGCAUCACUGACAGCACAUAUUCUUGUCGACCAAGUCGUUCUUCCUGCACACCUGGUGGCAGCAUGGGGCUCGAGUCUUCACGUGACUCCAUACCAAAUGAGAGAGAAAGCCGCAAGAGUAUUUCUUGGUUACGUCACUCGAGAUGGGAGAGAUUUAUGCAGGGCAGUUGACAGAAUUGAGAGAAUCCGUGGUCUUGUCGUUGAAAAUGCAGUGAAGCGUAUCGUUAAUGGGAGUCUUUCCUCUUCUAUAAUCGACACUGUUGGUUCGGAACUCGUAAUCCAAUGCAGAUGUCUGUAUCCAGAGACCGUAGAACAAUUAUGGUUGUGGUAUCAGAGUGGGCAACUACGUGAAAGUAUGCAGGCCGGCCUUGUAACAAAGCGCGUGCGCCAUGCUUGCUCAGUGGAGCAACUCCAACUUCGUGUGUACAUUGCAGAAGAAGAAUACAGACGAGCACUAGGGUUAUUGAGACGAAAGCCCAUGCCAAACACUAAAACAGGUCGAUAUCACGUGACAUCCGGCUCAGGGGGAGUGGCCGGAGGGAACAGUGGACUAAGUCGUCCGCAACGACAAGCAUUGUCAUCUGUUACAAAAUAUCUCAAGCUACCGGCACCUUCACCUAGCAAAGGAAUGCCUAAUGCUUACCUAGGAUCACUCUCGUUCCCGCCGCCAGGGAGCGGUGGCUUUGAUACUGAGAUGAGAGCAAAAACUGUCAUCUUCGGUGGGAAACGAACAAAAUCUAGUCGAGCCCUGGUUGAUAAGAUUUUAAAUAAAGAAGUCCAAUCCCUUAGGCAAAGGGUUCGUAUGUGUGAAGAUGAAUGGUGCGAGUUUGCAGCACGUGACUUGGCCAUCAUGCUUCGAAGUGCACGCAACGUCAUGCAACGUAGAAUCACUGGCGUUUUCACACAACAGCAACUCACGCCGAAGUGUACAUCACUUAGCCUACUUCGUGCUCUUCAUAAAGCAUUGAUGUUUCGCGCGGGGCAGCACAGUGCUGCAGCGACACCAAGAGGUAUAUCAGGAUCGGCCAGUAUUCUAAACGUCCAUAGCAGCAUAUCUCUUUAUCCAAGCGAAGUUGCAUUUUCCAAUCACGACCUCGUGACGACAUCUGAUGAUGAUGAAAUAAUUGUCAAGGCAAGAAAGCAAGAAGAACGAGAUUUUGCAUCUGCUUUUGCACACUUCGCAGACUUGGUUUCAGAAUUGUCAUCAUGCAGAAGAUUAGUUCAAGAAAAAAUUAUAUCAAGAUUAACAACAAAUCCAACAGUUGCACACUCAAAACAGUUGUACUUAACUAAGGACAUUUACAUGCUAACAGAAAGAUGGAGAAUACUUGUUUCAAAAAAUUUCAAUAUUGAACACGAUCUGACCGUUCAGUUAUUAUCCAGGCAAAUAUUGCACGAACCUUCCAUGUCUGCAGUCAUUCCUCCGGAUCUUCAAGAGCAGUUUCCCGGAUUCAUUGGUCUUCUUCCUGCAACAUUUCAAGUCGCUGACGAAGUGCUAGAAAAACUGCAGGAUGUGUUGACAAGUGGAUAUGGUUCAAGUGUCGCUGCAUCUAUGGUAUAUCCGUCAAUAACUGGAGCUGAUGGCCAACAGCAAACCAUAUCUGUGCGUGUUGUUGUGUAACGUCAAAUGAUGUAUGCACUGUCGGAUAAGACAUGAUAAAUAUGCAUAUAUAUACAUAUAAAACGUUCUGAGUUGAGGCGAAGAUUGAAUAUUUUAUUAAAUAGAAAAUUUUACAAUGCAAA